GGGCAGUGGCUGCGGCUCCGGCGGCGGCGGCGGCGGCGGGGCGAUCCGGAAGUCAGCACCAUGUCCAGCCUGCACAAGAGCCGCAUUGCCGAUUUCCAGGAUGUCUUGAAGGAGCCCACGAUCGCCUUGGAAAAGCUCCGAGGACUCAGUUUUAGUGGCAUCCCCUGUGAGGACGGACUGCGGUGCCUCUGCUGGAAGAUUCUCUUGAACUACCUCCCCUUGGAGAGAGCCUCAUGGACCUCAGUUCUGGCCAAGCAGAGGGAGCUGUACUCGCAGUUCCUGAGGGAAAUGAUCAUCCAGCCAGGCAUUGCCAAGGCCAACAUGGGGGUGUCCCGAGAGGAUGUGACCUUUGAGGACCAUCCACUCAACCCCAACCCAGACAGCCGGUGGAAUACGUACUUCAAGGACAAUGAGGUGCUGCUGCAGAUUGACAAAGAUGUCCGGAGGCUGUGCCCAGACAUCUCUUUUUUCCAAAGCGCCACCGAGUACCCCUGCCUCCUCAUCCUGGACCCCCAGAAUGAGUUCGAGACCCUCCGUAAGCGGGUGGAACAGACAACGCUGAAAUCACAGACAGUGGCCCGGAAUCGGAGCGGGGUCACAAAUAUGAGCUCCCCACACAAGCUCCCCGCAUCCUCUCUGAAUGAGUACGAAGUGCUGCCCAACGGCUGUGAGGCCCACUGGGAGGUGGUCGAGCGGAUCCUGUUCAUCUACGCCAAGCUCAACCCCGGCAUCGCCUACGUGCAGGGCAUGAACGAGAUCGUGGGGCCCCUCUACUAUACCUUUGCCACGGACCCCAACAGUGAGUGGAAAGAACACGCUGAAGCAGAUACCUUCUUCUGCUUCACCAACCUCAUGGCGGAGAUCCGGGACAACUUCAUCAAGAGCCUGGAUGACUCGCAGUGCGGCAUCACCUACAAGAUGGAAAAGGUGUACUCCACCCUGAAGGACAAGGACGCCGAGCUCUACCUGAAGCUGCAAGAGCAGAACAUCAAGCCCCAGUUCUUCGCCUUCCGCUGGCUGACCCUGCUGCUGUCCCAGGAGUUCCUCUUGCCGGAUGUCAUCCGCAUCUGGGACUCGCUCUUCGCUGAUGACAGCCGCUUCGACUUCCUCCUCCUCGUCUGCUGCUCCAUGCUCACACUGAUCCGGGAGCAGUUGCUGGAAGGGGACUUUACCGUCAAUAUGCGGCUCCUACAGGAUUACCCGAUCACAGAUGUCUGCCAGAUUCUACAGAAAGCCAAGGAACUCCAAGACUCAAAGUAGUAGGCGGCAAGAAAUCCAGACUGGGGAGAGAAGCCACCAACCCCUGGCUUCUGGGACACACAGAAGUCUGUGGAGUCCCUGACCGGAGGGGACACUGCAGAAUCAGCCCCGCACCAGACUUCCUCGCCCUGGCUACUCUGUCCUAGGUCACUCCAGCCGGGGCUCACUGUGUGCUCCUGCCCUCGUCGCCGAGCUGUGAGCACCCCUUCAGCCCUGGGACCCUCUGCCAGGGCUGCUCAGCAGGGCUGGCGCUCCAAGGACUGGGACAGGGUGGGCGGCUGGGAGCCCGGCACGUGUCCAUUCCUGUCUCUGCUCUGCUGCCCUCUUCCUCUGGUCCUGCUUCUGGACUCCAGUGGGGGGCAGGCACUGGGCACAUGGGCCAAAGACCACUUCUUCUGGGGUCGGUGCUGGGGCUUCUCCACCGGGACAGUGACCCUGUGCAGUGGUUGAGAGGCAGCCAUCACUCCUGCCUGUCUCGCUGCGCGCACUCAUGUGCGUGCAUGUGUGUGUGUGUGUGUCCACAUGUGUGCGUUUCCACCCCUGGGCCCCUGGGUGUCUCUGCUUCUCAGUCUGUGUGUUAGGGGGGCGUCUGUGCCCCUCUUCAUUUGUGCCGCUUCUUCUCUGCCCCCACCUCUCCGCCCUCCGCCACUUCGCCUGGCGUGGGGCUUCUUCUCCCCAGUGCUCUCCUGCCCUUGUUUCUUGGGGUGCCUUAUCCCUGUCUUUCUCUCCCGCCCCCUCCAUUCCCACAAACCGGGGAGACAGAAUGAGGAUUCUGGCUCGGCAGAGCUCUGGACAUCAUCCUUGGCCUUUGUAGCCUGUCCCAAGCCCCAGGCCUAGGCUCCUUGGUCCCGGAGAAGGGGUGGAAGUCGAUGGUGCCUCACUAGAAGGUCACGCAACCCAUGCCCUGUAUGCGCGCGCGCGCGCGCACACACACACACACACACACACACACACACACACACACACACACACACCAGACAAAAACUUGGAAACCAAAGGCCCUUCCCACCCAGGCAUUCUGUGUUCCAUGGGGACUCUGCUCCCCGGGGGUUGGGUCCAAGUGCUUCCAAAAACUGUCAUUCCCUGGGUUCCCAGGUUUCAGCCCCCUCAUCCUUUAUGGGUGAGCCCCACACAGGCUCAGUAGGCGGCCUUGUCAGUGCCAGAAGAGCCUAUGUUGGCAUUUUUGCUGCCCCUCCACCCCCAGCCAGGCAAAAGAAGGUGCUGGCACUCGGCUAGUCACCUGCUGGGGUUGCUCCCAGGUGCUGGAGCACAUCUGUCAGUAGGAGCAGCCGAUGCCCCCAGUGCUGGGCUGUGGGAGGGGCGAGGAGGGGAGGAAGCAAGUAGUGUGGGUCCUCAGCCUCUCCCCAGAUUGGCCUGCAGAAGCCAGGGCUCGGGGAACUCUGGACCCCAAAGCUUUGACUUCAGCAGCCAGGACUCGUGUUAGCCACUCCGUUCUAGCUGUGGGGAAGCAGCAGCCCCCUCUAGCUGGCUCUCUUUCCGGGCCAUACCUUGAACUCGGCCACACUUGCCUUUUUGUCUCCUUUUCUCCCAACACAGUAUUGGAAGAUUUUACUAUUUAUUCAGACUUAUUUAUUGCAGGUUGGCAGGUGCUUAGUUUGGGAAUGGUGAGUGGGGCGUGACCUUUUGAAAGGAGUCACAAGGGCCUCCUGGCUUCCUGAAGUCAGCGGGUAUCCAUCCCCUCUCCAUGCCCUGCCAUCUCCCUGGUUUUCUAGCAGGGCCUGGUGGGGAGGAGGGUUCUAAAGCGGAGCAGAAGGGAAGACAGCUGGUGUCCUGGCCCGACUCCAGGGCUCUUGGGACAGGGUGCCCACUACCCACCAGCCUGGCCCAGCCUCCCAGGACUGGUCAGGUGGUGGUUUAGCAUCAGCCUCAUUAUAGCCUCUGGCUUGGGCCGUGGCCUGUGACCCGACAGUUCGUACCCAGAACCUAGAUGCAUUCCCUCUUCCCUGGCCUCUGCCCUUCCACUUGGGGUCAUACUGGUUGAGUCCCUGCAUGUAAUUCAUCUCAGUAGCCCACCUGGUUCUAGCGUCCUCUCCUUGACUUGAUGUGAAGAUCAGGAUCAAAGGGACCACGACCUGGUUGGCUGAGCGCCACUGUGGGAUACUGCUGGGGCAGGUGCCGGUCCUCCUCCCCCAGGUUCUCAAGGAAGCCCCCACCCCAAAGAGCCAGAAUGCCCCAGGCUUCCUGCUCGAGAAGCUGCCCUGUGGGCUGGGCUGUGUGAAUUCAGUGGGCCUCACUCUGUCGGUCGUCAGAAUGUUAGGCUGCUUUUGGUUUUGCAUUUGUUUUGUUCCUUGAAUCAAUGCUGUUGAUACAUUGUCUUUAAUAAAUCAUGAGUUCUUUGCUAUGA